AUGAGUAGGUUGUCUUUCAGACCUCGACCACUUGACAUUCACAAGAAGCUCCCCAUCCUCAAGUCCUUCAAGGACUUUGAAGACGACGAGACACCCACUUCUACCCGUAAUUCCCAAUUGCUACGCAUUGUUCCUGAGGUCGAACAUGAGGCACAUGUUCCACAUGCUCCCAGCAAGAAACUGGCCUCUGAAAUACCCACUCCUCAGUUUGUUUAUGUGGAUACAUAUGAAAGGGACUAUUCUUGUACUUUCGUUCAACCAACUUCCUAUUUGCGGGCAAGAGGAGCUAGGGCCGAGAUUGGAGAGUUUGUUGAGUAUGACUUAGACAAUGAAGAUGAGGAUUGGCUUUCAGAGUUUAAUGAAGAAAGGGAUAUUCUGACACCUGAAAUGUUUGAGAGUCUUCUUUUCAAGUUGGAGGUGUUGGAUCAUAAAGCUCGUGAAAGAGCUGGCCUUUUAACAGCCACUCUUGGUUCGCCGAUACCUGUGCUACUACGAUUUGAAACUGCCAUGGAGACCUUACAAUCUCUAAAUGUCAAAUACACAAUUCUCGAGUCUGUAUAUGAUUACUGGAAAGAAAAGCGAAUACAGUGGCUAAAGCCUAUUUUGCGACGUUUGCAGCCAGCUCCAGCCGUUAACGACACCAACCCAUAUAAUGUCUUUCGUCCAAGGGAGAAGGCCCACAGGCUUCACACAAGAAGGAUGCAAAGAAGAGAAAACAAUGUGCAGUCGUUUGAAAAGCUUCGCCAGGUUAGACGCAACCUUGACCAAGCCAAGAGCUUGUUGGAAGCUUUGAUCAAGCGGGAAGAGAAAAAAAGAGACGUAAUAGAGAGUGAAGUUACAUUACAGAGGAUGCAAAUGAAGUACAAGCAUGAAACAGAAUUUUUGGAAGACAACUUGGCAAUGUCUGGAUUUACUCCCUUCUCUUCCAAGCUUGUUUCAAGUGAAGAGGAAUAUUUUGAUUCAGAUGAUGUCAUGACCAGCCUUCUUCCUCGCUCACGAUCUACUGUACAGAAUUUACAUCCCUAUGACACUAACCUGCCCAUGGUUCCUACAGUCAGUGCAAAGCAAGAAUUAAAGAGGAUACAAGUUCCACAUGGAUGGCCACAUAAACUGGAUCCACUUGAACCAGUUUUAUUGUUCACAAAGCCGUUACUUCCUGGUAAGUUGGCAGUGGCAGGUAUUUUGCCACCUGAUUCUAUCGCAAAAAAUGGGGUGUCAGCACAACCACCAUAUACAUUUCGUGGAAGAAUUGGUAGAGGUGGCCGCAUAAUAUUUGACAGAUCGAAUUUGCUUAUGCAAACUCCAAUUGAUUGUGGUAAUUCGUAUUAUAUGCCACCAAAACCAAGACCUUCAACAUGUAACUAA